AUGCCUAGCACCGCAAAACCUGAAAACGAUCAAGGAGUGAAGCGCAAUUUGUUUACCCGAGCGGUUUGUGACUCGGAAAGAAAUGUGCAUUGCAUAAGCCGAAUCUAUCCCGCGGGGCGAAAUGUGAACGCGAAGGAGUCCAAUUCAGCCUCUGGUGCUGAAGACGAACGUCAACUCGAAACCGAAGCCACGCGCGAAAUUGACAUGACCUUGGUUUGGUGUGAUCAGACCGGAUCACGACAGCCUGAUUCUGGAUCCGAAUCCGGUCGUGGACUGUACACGAACGAGGCAAACCAAGGCGAGUCCGGAUUGGAGCAUUCCGCGGUGGAUCUGGCAUCCCUUUCAAAUCAAUCGGAUGAAAGCAAUGGACAGGAGGACUUAAACCACUCGAGCAUGGACGAGACGGAACCGAGCGUGGAUGAGAAACCGAGCGGAUUAGAGCCAAGUUUGCAUAGCAUAUCCAGCUUGGGGUUUCAGGAGACAGAAACAAUUAAACUUUUUAUUGGACAAAUCCCUCAGUGGAUUGAGGAACGGGAUAUACUUCCUAUGUUUGAGGUAUUCGGACCGAUACAUGAGUUGGUCAUUUUACGGGAUCGCUUCACCCGAGCACAUAAGGGUAAGUGA